AUCGCUUAUUUCAUCUCAGCAUUUGCACAACCCUAAUUUCGUAGUCCCUUUUCUGAAACUUUCCCUUUUAAGAUGCAGAUCUUCGUGAAAACUUUGACCGGCAAGACCAUUACCCUCGAGGUAGAAAGUUCGGAUACCAUUGACAACGUGAAAGCCAAGAUCCAAGACAAGGAAGGUAUCCCACCGGACCAGCAAAGGCUUAUCUUUGCGGGUAAACAACUUGAGGAUGGUCGCACUCUUGCGGAUUACAACAUCCAAAAGGAGUCCACGCUACACCUUGUGCUCCGUCUCAGGGGUGGCAUGCAAAUCUUCGUCAAGACCUUGACAGGGAAAACCAUAACCCUAGAGGUAGAAUCGUCUGACACCAUUGACAAUGUCAAGGCCAAGAUCCAGGACAAAGAGGGUAUCCCUCCAGAUCAGCAGAGGUUGAUUUUUGCUGGUAAGCAGCUUGAGGAUGGAAGAACCCUCGCUGAUUACAAUAUUCAGAAGGAGUCCACUCUUCACUUAGUGCUUCGUUUGAGGGGUGGCAUGCAAAUUUUCGUCAAGACUUUAACGGGAAAGACCAUUACUUUGGAGGUGGAGAGUUCGGACACAAUUGAUAAUGUGAAAACCAAGAUUCAGGACAAGGAAGGCAUCCCUCCAGACCAGCAGAGGCUUAUCUUUGCCGGGAAGCAGCUUGAAGAUGGAAGAACCCUUGCGGAUUACAACAUCCAGAAGGAGUCAACUUUGCAUUUGGUUUUGCGGCUUCGCGGUGGCAUGCAAAUUUUUGUGAAGACUUUGACGGGAAAGACCAUAACGUUGGAGGUUGAAAGUUCUGAUACCAUUGAUAAUGUGAAGGCCAAGAUACAGGACAAGGAGGGUAUCCCACCGGACCAGCAGAGGCUUAUCUUUGCUGGGAAGCAGCUGGAAGAUGGGCGUACUCUUGCUGAUUAUAAUAUCCAGAAGGAAUCCACUCUGCACUUGGUAUUGAGGCUUCGUGGCGGGAUGCAAAUUUUUGUGAAGACUCUGACAGGGAAAACUAUUACCCUUGAGGUGGAAAGCUCUGAUACGAUUGAUAAUGUGAAAGCAAAGAUUCAGGACAAGGAGGGUAUUCCCCCCGACCAGCAACGACUUAUUUUUGCUGGCAAGCAAUUGGAAGAUGGUCGUACGUUGGCAGAUUAUAAUAUUCAGAAGGAAUCCACCCUCCAUCUUGUCCUUCGCCUUCGUGGUGGCUUCUAAGUGUCUCUCCAUCUGUCGUGUCUGAUGUACCUUGAGCUUGCGGUUUGCAGCUCUUUAUUAAAACUUGGUGUGUGAAACUUUAGUGUGAUAUAUGUAAGCUCUUUUAUCGCUCGUCCCCUUCAUGAAAUGGUUAUGAAGGGGCUAAAUAAGUCAUUUACAAGUGUUUUGAACUAGUACAUCCAUUUUCAAUCUAAUAUUUCUCAUAAAAACGUGUUUAUUGUUAUUGGCAAUUGAUAUAGUAUUAGGAUCGUCUAUUUUGUCAAAUAAGAUGAAUUUUCAUCUAUUCCUCGAGUAUAAAACUUGCAAUUGCAUUCACCUGGCAGAAAGGGCAUCUGAUGUAGGAGACUGAGGAGAAUCUAGUACAUUAUCAUGUUCCUAUUGCCAAUUCUGAUAAUCUUGCAUCUGGAUGAUACUGGACCCUUCUGCGAAGAAACGUGGUUGAGUUGGCUGGUUCAAGUAUCCUUCCCAGUUUGACUUGAAAAUGACUUUCUUCAAGACUCCAAAAGUUAGAAACUUGUCUAUCAUGAAGAGGCCCAUUGCCUUUGCAAUUGGAUUCAAAUGGGAAUACUUGUUAUAUUCCCCAAUCUUCUAUCAUUAGAAGACAGGAAUUUUGUGAACGUUAGAGGCUUUGCUUCCACAUAAGUAAAUAUUUAUCUUCAUUCUUUAAAUUUUUGAUCAUUUAAUCGAUGAUUUUAUGAAUUUUUUAUUUUAAUAUAUGAUUUUAUAAAUUAUAAUUGUUUGUAUAUUUAAAAAUUAAAAGUGAAAUUUUCAUAAAUUAAAAUAGUGUGAUUAUAAGAUCUAGAAGUGAGUUGCAAACAUUUUCAAGUGAAAGAAGCGGUCCUACAUCCU